AUGCUAAGUUGUCGUCCCAGGAAUAUUUCCGUGUACAAUCUAUGUUCAUUUAUUAUAUUUCAGUCUUCAUCUUUGAAUCUCCUCGAAAAGUUUCCACUGGUCUGCAAAAACUAUGCAGAAGCGAAUAAGGCUCUAGGAGACAUCAUCAAGGCCUCGAUCCAGAUUCCGUAUCUCAAUACAGUCAUUAUUGGGAGGAAACACUCUUCAUCUUUGAAUCUCCUCGAAAAGUUUCCACUGGUCUGCAAAAACUAUGCAGAAGCGAAUAAGGCUCUAGGAGACAUCAUCAAGGUGGCCCCAUCAUCGAAAGUCGUUGGUGAUUUGGCGCUAUUCAUGACUCAACAUGGCAUCAGUUCGAGUGAAGAACUGGAGAAAAACGCCGAAAAGUAUCCACUACCAAAAAGUGUCCAGGACUUUUUUGAGGGAAAACUGGGACAACCCACCUACGGCUUUCCUAAAACCUUGCAAGAAAAGGUCCUUCGGGGGAAGAAGCCAAUCACAGGACGCCCAGGAGCAUCCCUGAAGUCGAUAGAUCUCCACCACGAAAAGAGAUGUCUCGAACACAAACAUCAACAACAUUUCAGUGAUCGCGUCGCUAUGUCAUCCAUUUUGUUCCCGGAGGAGUUCGAUAGAAUGAUCAAAUUCCGCGACAAAUACGGUCCAGUUGAACUACUGCCAACGGACGUGUUUUUCGCAGGACCUGAGCACCAUCAGGAACUUGAAAUCGAAGUGGACUAUGGGAAAGUAUUGUACCUUCGUCUAACCAGUGUCGGAGAAAUGGAUGACACAGGACGUCGUCAAGUCCAUUUCGACUAUAAUGGUCAAGAACGUAGUAUAUUCGUCAACGAUAGGGAGUAUGCUGAGAGCAAACGAGAACGAGCCAAAGCUGAGGACGGUAACCUGAUGCAUCACGGAGCUCCAAUGAAGGGGAAGAUUGUAAAGAUCAAAGUGCAAAUGGGUGAAAAAGUUUCGCAGAAUCAGGAUCUUUUCGUAUUAUCAGCGAUGAAAAUGGAAAUAGCGAAGACAAGCAACGUCUGCUCUCUUUCUUCAUAG